AUGCCCUUGAGCACCUCAAGCAAGAAUGAAGGGAAGAAUGUCCAUGAGCCUGUGCAGAGUGCCUUGGCUUUUCAUAGGGACAUCAUUCUCCCUCACAGCCCAGGAGACAACAUGAAGCUGCUACAGGGAAAGAGGCUCUUGUUGGUGGCAUUCUUACUCUUGGCCGUGUCUCCCUGUGCCAGCCGCAGAACCAGCACCACCAGCAGCCGCAACAGCCUGGCCUGCCACCCCGUCAAUGCCACCAUUGCAGCAGAGAAAGAUGACUGCCCUGUCUGCAUGCCUGUCACCACCUCCAUCUGCAGCGGCUACUGUGAGACCAGGGAAAUGUUAUGGAAGACCAUUUUCUCCUCUUUCAACCAACGUGUCUGCACCUACAAGGAGGUCCGCUACGAUACUGUGCUGCUGAGGGGAUGUCCACCAGGUGUUGAUCCAACUUUCAUGUACCCCGUGGCUCUCAGUUGCCACUGUGACCUCUGUAAGAUGGACUCCAGCGACUGCACCGUUCAGAGCACUGGGCCCAACUCCUGUAGCAACCAAGCCAGCUUUGCACAAUGAAAACAAGGAAAUGGAUAAAUGUCAUGCAAGAACAUCAUGUUGUCUGCAAGAGAUGUUUGAGUCAAUGGACACAAGGCAGCCAAAUGUCUUGACUUUCAGCCCCUUUGCCCGCUCUAUCUCCCCAGUUCUUCCCCUUUCACCCUUCUAAUAAGGUACAUCAUCUUUUUUCUGAAAGAGUAUCCCAAAUAUAA